UUUCGCGCUUCGUCAUGACAACUGCCGCUCCUUACAAUCUCCAAUUGACUAAUUAGUAGGUAAUCAGGUCACAAUGGCGCCCCGAACGCUGCUUCUGGCGGUCGCGAACCUUUUGAUCCCGGUCGCGAUACUGGUCUUCGCAACUGGCUUCUUUCCGUACAAACCUUUUAUGCCUGGUCUCGCCGAGUAUGAAGAGCUUGGAUUCUCUGAGGCGCUUGGAGAGCAUUGGCAAAAGCCGCCCGCGGCGCCGUUUGACAGGGUAGUCUUCAUGGUAGUUGACGCGCUGAGGAGCGACUUUGUAUAUGGAGAGGAGAGUGGCAUGAGCUUUGUGCAGAGUCUGAUUCGUGAUGGAACCGCCCUCCCGUUCACGGCGCACGCUACCUCUCCUACAAUCACUAUGCCGCGUGUAAAAGCCAUCACCACAGGCUCCAUCCCCUCAUUUGUAGACGUAAUUCUCAACUUUGCCGAAUCUGAUACCACUUCGACACUCGCGACUCAGGACACUUGGCUUGCGCAGAUCAAGGCAAAGGACUUUGAAAAUGGCAAAGGGAAGCUGGUCAUGUACGGCGAUGAUACCUGGCUGAAGCUCUUUCCAAAUGUCUUCGAGCGCGCAGACGGAACGAGCAGCUUUUUUGUCUCGGAUUUCACAGAGGUUGACAAUAAUGUGACAAGGCAUGUUCCGAAUGAAUUGCUGAACAGCGACUGGAAUGCAAUGAUUAUGCAUUAUCUCGGCCUGGACCACAUUGGGCACAAGGCUGGUCCGAAGAGCCCCAACAUGGUUCCUAAGCAGAUUGAAAUGGAUGGCAUUGUUCGCGACAUUUACUCUGCUAUUGAAAAUGAGGAACACUUGUCUGAAACGCUGUUUGUUCUUUGCGGCGACCACGGCAUGAAUGACGGUGGUAACCACGGUGGCUCCUCUCCUGGCGAGACAUCUCCAGCCCUAGUCUUUAUGAGUCCCAAGCUCACCAAGAUUACGAAGCCUGCCAGCAAGAAAAGUCCAGUGAAGCCUAAAAACGAAGGCGAGUUUGAUUUUUACCGCAUGGUUGAACAGAGCGAUAUCGCCCCAACGCUGGCUGGCUUGCUUGGGUUUCCAGUGCCCCAGAACAAUCUCGGUGUUUUCCUGGAAGAUUUCCUUCCAUUCUGGAAUAAACCCUUGGAUCGCAUUCAGAUUCUCUACCGCAAUGCGAAGCAGAUGAAGAAGAUUGUCGCAGCCAAAUACACCAGCCUGAAGUUUGGGGAAUCACUCUCAGCAUCAGACAGUGCGCCCGAGUGUGCAAAGGGAUAUGAUGGGACUGAUGGCCAGAAAUUGGCAUGUCUCUGGCGAGAGGUUGUUGCUUCAAUGACAAGCGGGAAGGAUGAUUAUGCAAGCUUUUACAAGUUCAUGCACAUGGCUCAGGAAACCAUGUCAAGCACCGCAUCCAACUACAAUGUACCGCGUCUCUUUAUGGGUACGGGCCUAGCUUUGCUCAUCUCUUGCUUGGCCUACUUUACUCUCCCUUCUUUCAAGCCUGUCACACCAGCCGGCAUCUACUUCAGCCUGUCUCUCAUCCUGUAUACCGUCCUCAUGUUCGCGUCAUCCUACGUGGAAGAAGAGCACAACUUCUGGUACUGGGCCACUUCUGGCUGGCUGCUCUGCCUUUUCUUCACCAACAUACGAAGGGAGUGGUACACUAGAUGGAUUUUUCACCCCGCCAUCAUGGCGUUGGCCAUCCACAGAAUCAUCAGGCGAUGGAACCAAACCGGACAGAAAUACGCUGGCGCUGAUGAUAUCGUGAACAGCGGUAUCUUCCACGGGAGAAACUCGGUCAUCCUGUGGGCAUUGAUCGGCGCCACAUACAUGGAUGCAACCAUUCGCCUCUCUAGGCACAUUGCCCGUGCCAUCGCAACAUUCGAGACUGAUUCAAAGUCACGAAGCGUGGAAUUCGAGUCGACAGACCAGAACCGCAUGUUUGGCACAAUUGCCGUGAUACCACUCUGCGGAACGGCCUUUAUCUUCAAGCUAGCCUUCACAGCAAAGGACGCGCCGGAACUGACAAGCGGCAUCAGCACACACCUGAUGCAGAUGGUCGAGAGCCUGGAACUAGUCGGUCUCGCACGCAUGGUCUUUGGCGGUCUCCUUCUCAGCGCAUGCUGGAUCACGCUCGCAGAACGCACACGCUCCAACCGGAGAAAGAGGCGCGGAGCAAAAGGAAAUGGCGAUCUUGCUGUCGCCUUGUUCGACCUCAUUACCGUUUUCCUAUUUACCCAGACAAAAGCCCAGAACAUCCCCCUCUACUUUCUCUUUCGCCUGCAAUACUUUUUCCUAACCCUCAUCGAGCUCUCCCCCACCGCCACAACACUCACCACGCUACUCCUCAGCCAAACCGCCUUCUUCGCGCUCGGCAACAGCAACUCCAUCUCCUCCAUCGACCUCUCCAACUCGUACAACGCCAUAUCCGGGUACAACGUCGUUGCCGUUGGCGCCCUCGUUUUCCUAUCCAACUGGGCCGGUCCCGUCUACUGGUCUCUCGCCGGCUUGCUCCUGCUAGGCGCGCACGGCCGCCCGCAGCGCCACAUCAACACGUCUGAAAUGCAUGUUGCAGAUUGGGUUGCGCGCGAGCGCGAGUGGCUGAACGAGAUGGCGCGAAAAGAGGAAUCGGCCAGGGAAACGAGGGCUUCGGCCAAGGACCCAAAGUACCUGUUUGCUAUGGCCUGGGGAAUCGCCUGGCAUUUGGGUGUUACAAUGGGGCUUGGCGGCUUGGUGUGGUGGCUUGGGAGUUGGUAG